AUGUAUAGAAGAGAAAUAAAUAAUCUAUCGAUCUAUCUAUCCCAACCUAUUCAUAUCUAUCUAUCCCAAUCCAUUCAUAUCUGUAUCCCAAUCCAUUCAUAUUUAUAUAUCUAUACCAAUCUAUUCACAUCUAUCCCAAUCCAUUCAUAUCUAUCCCAAUCCAUUCAUUAUCUAUCUAUCUAUCUAUCUAUCUAUCUAUCUAUCUAUCUAUCCCAAUCCAUUCAUAUCUAUUCCAAUCCAUUCAUUAUCUAUCUAUCCCAAUCCAUUCAUAUUUUCCCAAUCCAUUCAUUAUCUAUCUAUCUCAAUCCAUUCAUAUCUAUCUAUAAUAAUCCAUUCAUAUCUAUAUAUACCAAUUCAUUCAUAUAUAUCUAUCCCAAUCCAUUCAUAUCUAUCUAUACCAAUCUAGUCUUAUCUAUCUAUCUAUCUAUCUAUCUCAAUCCAUUCAUAUCUAUGUAUACCAAUCCAUUCAAAUCUAUCUAUCUAUCUAUUUGUCUGUCUCAAUCCAUUAAUAUCUACCUAAAUCCAUUCAUAUCUAUCUAUCAAUUUAUCUAUACUUUGAGCAUUAUAGAUUUUUGUUUCACUGUCUGUUUGAUUCUUUCUUUUAUGUCUAUUUCAGUAAGCUUGGUAGGAUUGGUUUUAGCACUUUCCUUUCACCUGCUAUUUAAUUUGUAUUUAUUCUCUCUUUCUCUGUCUGUCUCUAUCUAUCUAUCUAUCUAUCUAUCUCUCUCUCUAUCUAUCUAUCUAUCUAUCUCUCUCUCUCUAUAUAUAUAUAUAUAUAUAUAUAUAUAA